GGCAACCACACUUGCGUAGCGUCGUCGAAUUCAAAGUGUACAGUCUCACUGAACAUCACAAUAUAAUCAUCAAAUAUCGCCAUUGGGCGAUAAGUUAUCUUGUGCUAUGACGCGGCGAUAUAUUUUAAAGUUUUCACAAGAUAAGCGGCCUUGUGGUGAUUAAAAUUUUACGGUACAUGGGUAGAGAAUGUGCGCGGACUGUCGUUUUUGUUGAAAGAAAAAUACUGCCGUUAUAAAGUGUUCUUAUACUAUGUCGUUAUUUAAAAAGAAAGCGCCUAAAUACACGCCGCCACCGGUACCACCCACACCAGUAGAAGAUACUGAAUCACAGUCUAAUGGAGUCGAUAAUAGCAACGGUACGCAGAAGUCACAACUGGUCUUCCACUGUCAGCAAGCUCACGGAAGUCCAUUGGGCCUCAUCUCUGGUUUCUCUAACGUCAAAGAAUUAUAUGAGAAGAUAGCAGAAUGUUACGAAUUUUCACCCGAAGAUAUUCUUUUCUGUACUUUAAAUACUCACAAAGUGGAUAUGAAAAAACUUCUCGGAGGGCAAAUAGGAUUAGAAGACUUUAUUUUCGCGCAUAGAAAAGGUCGACCAAAGGAAAUAGAAAUAGUUAAAACAGAAGAUGCUCUAGGAUUAACGAUUACAGAUAACGGAGCAGGUUAUGCAUUUAUAAAAAGGAUUAAAGAAGGCUCCAUUGUUUCAAGAAUACCACAUAUUGAGGUCGGAGAUCAUAUUGAGAAAUUGAAUGGUGAGAAUAUGGUUGGGAAAAGACAUUAUGAGGUGGCGAAAAUUCUGAAAGACAUACCGAAGGGAACCACUUUUAUAAUGCGAUUGGUGGAACCAUUGAAGAGUGGAUUCGGUAGCAUCGGUCCUAAAACCGGUAGUGGGAGGUCAGGAAAAAAACAAAACUUUGGCUCAGGAAAAGAAACUCUACGUUUUAAAGCGAAUGGCCAAGCAACAAUUGAAAAUGAGCACGAUGACAAAUCAAAGGCUGGAAUUGAAAAAAUCAACGGUCUACUGGAAUCAUUUAUGGGUAUCAAUGAUAGUGAAUUGGCAUCGCAAAUGUGGGAUCUUGCCGAAGGAAAACAAAAUUCUAUGGAACUCGCAGAGGCUAUCGAUAACAGCGAUCUUCAAGAAUUUGGUUUUACAGAUGAAUUUAUCAUUGAACUAUGGGGAGUUAUAACUGAUGCUAGAUCUGGAAGACUCAGUUAGAACACAAAGACUCAGAUUAAAUUUACGCAAGUGCACUUAUUGUGAAUUAAUUAUGUAUUUAGAUCAAAUUGAAACGUGUACCUAUAGUACAAUCGUGAUUGUGAUAAAAUGAUAAUCUAGGAAGAA